CGGCUUCCUGCUUGGCAGGGGCGGGGCGGCGGCUGCGAUUGUCUGGCGGCCUGGGGCGGCCCCGUGGCGCCUACCCUCUGCCUGUGGGGACGGAGGAGCGCGCCAUGGCGGUUUCCGAGAGUCAGCUGAAGAAGAUGAUGUCCAAGUACAAGUACAGAGAUCUAACCGUCCGUCAAACUGUCAAUGUCAUUGCUAUGUAUAAAGAUCUCAAACCUGUAUUGGAUUCAUAUGUUUUUAAUGAUGGCAGUUCCAGGGAGCUGGUGAACCUCACUGGUACAAUCCCUGUGCGUUAUCGAGCCUACUAGUUCAAUGACUAUUAAGACAGGAAAGCAUGUGGAUGCAAAUGGGAAAAUCUACCUACCUUAUCUACAUGACUGGAAACACCCCCGGUCAGAGUUGCUGGAGCUUAUUCAGAUCAUGAUUGUGAUAUUUGGAGAGGAGCCUCCGGUGUUCUCCCGGCCUACUGUGUCUGCAUCCUACCCACCAUACACAGCAACAGGGCCACCAAAUACCUCCUACAUGCCAGGCAUGCCAAGUGGAAUCUCUGCAUAUCCAUCUGGAUACCCUCCCAACCCCAGUGGUUAUCCUGGCUGUCCUUACCCACCUGCUGGCCCAUACCCUGCCACAACAAGCUCACAGUACCCUUCCCAGCCUCCUGUAACCACUGUUGGUCCCAGCAGAGAUGGUACAAUCAGCGAGGACACUAUUCGAGCAUCUCUCAUCUCAGCAGUCAGUGACAAACUGAGAUGGCGGAUGAAGGAGGAAAUGGAUGGUGCCCAGGCAGAGCUUAAUGCCUUGAAACGAACAGAGGAAGAUCUGAAAAAAGGCCACCAGAAACUGGAAGAGAUGGUCACCCGCUUAGAUCAAGAAGUAGCUGAAGUUGAUAAAAACAUAGAACUUUUGAAAAAGAAGGAUGAAGAAUUAAGUUCUGCUCUGGAGAAAAUGGAAAAUCAAUCUGAAAAUAAUGAUAUUGAUGAAGUUAUCAUUCCCACAGCCCCACUAUAUAAACAGAUUCUAAAUCUGUAUGCAGAGGAAAAUGCUAUUGAAGACACUAUCUUUUACCUUGGAGAAGCUUUGAGGCGAGGAGUAAUAGACCUGGAUGUGUUCCUGAAGCACGUCCGCCUCCUGUCCCGGAAACAGUUCCAGCUAAGGGCACUAAUGCAAAAAGCAAGAAAGACUGCAGGCCUUAGUGACCUCUACUGACCUGUGCUAUCAGCUGAAGGCUGGCCUCUUCGUAAAGCAUUCUUUUCUUCUUCUUCUUUUUUUUUUUUUUUCCUCAUCAGUAGAACCCAGAAUAAGUUAUUGCAGUUUAUCAUUCGAGUGUUAAAUAUUUUGAAUCAAUAAUAUAUUUUCUGUUUCCUUUGGGUAAAGACUGGCUUUUAUUAAUGCACUUUCUACCCUCUGUAAGCUUCUGUGCUGUGCUGGGACUGACUGGGCUAAAUAAAAUUUGUUGCAUAAUUUUUUUCUUUCUUGGAUUUGAGGAAAGAUGCACAAAAGAAACCUAAAUUCUCAUUAAUAAACAAGGCACAGUGUUUAUUGUAA